AUGCCUACGGGUAGAAAUCAAAGUCGGACCUUGACUAAUUCUAAACGUGCUGCCCAAAAUAGAGCUGCUCAACGUGCUUUUCGUCAACGUAAGGAUAGGUAUAUCAAAGAUUUGGAGCAAAAAGCAAAAAGUUUAGAUAAUAUAAAAAAGCAAUUCGAUGCUUUACUUAAAGAAAAACAAGAAAUGGCUCAAAUCAUUCGAAAUUUACGUAGUGAACUCGCUAAAUAUAAAGGCGAAGAGUUAAGUGAUGAUGAAGGGCGUCAAUCUUUUGGUGGGAAUAAUAAUUCGGCUAGUUCAAAUUCUACUUAUUCGCAUUAUGGAAGUUCUGCAAGAGAUGAUGAAUCUCAAGGUCUUGGUGAAGAACCUUGGCUUAGGCAUAAAGAUGGUCGUAAAGAAAGUUCUUCAAAUUCUAUUUCUACAACAAAUCGUUCUGCUUCCGGUCUUAAUGAAUCUUCACAGAGAGGGUCUGGUCUGAUUUUACCUCCGGGUCCAAAUACCGAUUCCUCCGUUGAUCCUUAUUUUAGACCUGAUUAUCGAAGUACUAAUUCUCAUUCCAGUCCCUCUCCACCUUCUUCUUCUGCUGAUCGUAACAUCCGUGGUUCUUAUAAUAAUAAUUCUGGAAGACCUGGUUAUUCUAGUAAUGAAGAAGAUACUGAUCGUGUAUAUGAUGAUUUAUGUGAACUUUUAAAGACCAGAACACGUCCUGCUUUACCCCAUAAUAUUAAUGUAAAUGUAUGGCCAUCAUCUCAUCCACAUUCUCCAAAUCAGACAAAUGUUGUGGCAACAAAUGGAAGUAGUACUGUUGUUGGAUAA